AUGCCGCUCUUUAUCCUGAUGAUUCUUUCUGUUUUUAAAGGGAAUGUUGAUGCAGAUGUGUUGACGCCCUUCUUCACAGAGAAACAUGUUUUGACAGAAGAAAACGUGACUCUGUCCUGCAACUACACUGGCUAUGUCAAUAAUUUCCAGUGGUACCGUCAGUAUCCCAGAUCCAAACCUGAGUUUCUCAUUCUUCACACUGAGCUCAGUGGUCAGUCAGAGUUUGGUCUGUAUGCCGCAGCUGAUAAAGAAGUCAAACGUAUGGAUCUGAGCAUCUUCUCUACACAAGUGACACAUUCAGUGUAUUACUGUGCCCUGAAACACACACAAACACACUGUGAAGCUAAUGAGAAUCCUAUCAGACCAGACAACUCAUCUGUGUCUAUAACUGAAGGACACAACAUCACUCUGUCCUGUAAAUAUGAUGGAUCACCUUACAGUCUUCACUGGUACCGGCAGACGUCUGGAUCAACACCAGAGUUUCUAGUGCUUAUUGUUGAGUCUACUCAAACUGUUAUACCUGCCACUCCACCUCAAGCACAUAUGAGCAUCAGACUUCAUGAUAAACAAGUGUAUCUGGAGAUCUCCUCUGUUAAAGUCACAGACUCUGCUCUGAGGUAG